AUGGAAAGCAACGUCCAGGGAACUGUCAUUGUUGUUGAAUGCUAUUUUGUAAAGAAGGUAUGUGUUUUAAGAGUAUUUUUGUGUGUGCUAAUAUAAUAUGUGCAUUAUAUUCGCAUGGCAUUAAAGAAAUAUAUUAACAUUUGUGAUUUGUGCUACAAAAAUUAUGAGCAUACCUGAAUCUUUUACCUGAAUAAGUAGAGACUGUUCAAAGAUAUUUUUUAAUACAGUGUACACUGUUAAAAAGCGACAUUCAUCCAUUCAACUGAUUUUUUCCUUUGUAGUUUAAUUUAAAACAUGAAUAAUUGUCAUGUUUAAACAUGAAAUUUAAUACAUGUGAACUGAUCUUGUUCUUAUACAAUUACUUUAUGGUUUCCGUGUUUGGAUGGCCUGAUCCAAACACGCGGGAAUGUUGCGAGAGUUAAGAAAAGCGAGCGAAAUCACGAGCCCAAGUGUUUGGAUCAGUCCAUCCAAACACGGAAACCAUAAAGUAAUUGUUUUAUAAAAUAACAACAACACGGUAGUCUUCCGUGUUAGGAUGGCCUGAUCCAAACACGGCUUUCGACCAAUCAGAAUACGCGUUAUAUACAUGUUAUUUUAUAAGAGUAUUUCACACUUGGUUAAUUGCAGAUGGCGAAUCUAAUUUUGUCGCUGUAGAAACUAAAAAGGGCUGGUUUAGUUUUGUAGGUUUGCAUGCAUAACAGAAUGGGUUAGGGUUUUAUUAAGGGUUAGAUUUACAGUAUAUUUAUAAGCAAUAGCAUAAAAAGAAGCGAAUUAGCGAAGAAGCGAAUUAGCUCGUUUAGUAUAAUUCCCUUGGGCGCCGCUCGAUGAGGGCCGCUCGAUGAGGGCCGCUCGAUGAGGGUCAUUUAGUAAAAUUCCCGAGGGCCGAAGGCCCGAGGGAAUUUUACUAAAUGACCCGAAUCGAGCGGCGCCCAAGGGAAUUUUAUUAAACGACCCUCAUCGGGCGGGACGUUUCAAUAGCUAAUUCGCUUCUUUUUAUGCUAUUACCUUAUAAUAUCAUGAUUGCGGGUAUUCCUGUUGCAGGCAGGGUCAUUAAAAACCAAUUAAAAAUAAAUAAUGAUAUAAAUUAAAUGGUAUAAUUGUUUUCCCUGUCUUUGUUUAGUUUUGGCGUUUCAGAUAUCUUCAUUUAUAUUCAUUUUUUCUAAUCGUACCCGCUUUGACGUCGUUUCGGGUAGGAUUAUAACUAAUUCUACCUGACAUGACGUAAAAGCGGGUAGGAUUAGAAAAAAUGAAUAUAAUGAGGUGUAUUAGUUAUUAAUUGCCCUGCGAGAACAAAGGGAAUACCUGCAAUCAUGAUAUUAUUAGAUUUAUGGUCUAAUGUCAUGUCAGGAAAAUGCAUAUUUGUGUAACACAUGCAACUGCAAAACUAACCACCAAUACCGACUGUAAAAUGUAAAUUAUGCAUUUAAAUCAUUGAGUGGCAGCACUCUCCACUUGACGAGUAAAAUCGUGUGGCGUUAGACAUGGUGAAAUACUCUGGCGUUAAACAGAGUAAAAUACUAAAGUUGGGUGCAUGAGGGUGCAUUGCCACUUAAAGGGUUAUAACUUCUUCUGGCAUCAUGCAUAUAAAAAGGUACGUUUUAUAUUAACUCAUUGAGCCGCAAUGUGCCCUACUUAUUUGUUUACUUGUCUAAUGCCAGACAAUUUUACUUGUCAAUGGGAAGCUCUGCAGCUUAAUGGUUAACCAAAAAAUCUGACAAUGUGUCUAGUUAACCCAUUGAGCCACAAUUUGCCUAAGUGCACCCUAUUUAUUUUUUUACUGUGUUUGAUUUUUUUUUUUUGGGGGGGGGUGAGCAUAGGUGGGAAAAAAUAUUUAAAUAAAUCACUUAUUAUUACUUCACUAUGGCUAAAGUAGAUUUCCUUAACUAGUUACCUUGACGAUUACUUUGUGUCAGGUAAAAUAUUGUUAAAUUAAUUUCUAUUAAUCAAUCAUUUUAUAGCCUUUGCACCAUGUGCCAGUAGCGCAGAACCAAACGACACCAUCAACAGUUACAGAGACUGUACCUGCCUACAUGCCAUGUGAAACAAGUGCAAAACUUGCUGUGUUACGUACCAUAUUUAAAUAUGACAAUUUUAAGGGUAAGCAAGAAGAGGCUAUUGAUGCCAUAUUAUCCCGCCAUGAUAGCCUUGUUAUAUUACCCACAGGUGCUGGAAAAACACUGUGUUAUGCGAUCCCAGCCAUCAUUUCUGGUGGAGUAACAAUUGUUGUAUGCCCACUACUAUCGUUGAUGCUUGACCAAGUACAAAAAUUAAGAUCAAAAGGACUAAGUGUAACAUACAUUAAUUCCAGUAUAACAAAGAGUGACCGGGAUGCAAUUAUGCACAAUAUGGCUUCAGAUGAUCCACCAUAUAACUUUGUGUUUGUUACACCUGAAACUGCUGUAUCCGAGGAUGUUAAAAGUUUAUUAUCGACCAUGAAAGGAAAGGACACUUUGAAAUAUAUUGUGGUGGACGAAAGUCAUUGUGUUGAUAUGUGGGGACUAGGUUUCAGGCCAGCAUAUGCUGAACUUGGAUCUCUUUCAAGCUUAUCUUGUCCCAUUGUUGCACUAACAGCCACUUGCACUUCAAGGACUGAGAAGGUAAUCACUUCAUCACUGGGACUUACCAAUCCAACUAUUGUUAGGCAAACAUGUAAUCGGGAAAACAUUUCGUUGUUUGUUAAGAGGAAAAAAGGUGAUGGGAAAGAGCAAGUGGUUGAUGAAAUUCUGUCAAAUCACAAACAAAACUGUGGUAUUGUGUAUUGUUUGCAAAGAGCGGACACAACUGAUAUGGCCUACCUUUUGCAAACCAAAGGGAUUAAUGCAACAUACUACCAUGGCGCACUUGAUCCAUACAAGAAGAAUGAAAAUUUUCAAUCAUGGCUGGAUGGGAAAGCUCUUGUCAUGUGUGCCACAGUUGCAUUUGGGAUGGGCAUUGACAAACCGGAUGUCCGGUUUGUCAUUCAUUUAAGUUUACCACCAUCUCUCGAAUGUUAUGCCCAAGAAUUUGGGCGUGCUGGCAGGGAUGGAAAAGAAGCAACUUCAAUCGUGUUUUCCCGCUUUGAAGAUCGUACACGACAUCUGAAAUUGAUCAGUGAGUUAAUGGAUGGUGAUCACCGAUCAUUAAAGCUGAAACAGUUGAACGAAGUUGUGAAAUUCUGCAUUCAACCAAAAUGUAGAAAGCUUCAUUUGGUCAACUAUUUUGGCGAGGAUUGUGAACAUCUUUGUUGCAACAUGUGUGAUGUAUGUUUGGAGAAGACAAAUGCAGAACCCCAAAUUGCAAAUGAUCAAGCUCUGGAUGUACUGAGUUGCCUUAAGAACAUGUGCAUGUCUCAAAAUAAGGUUACUUCCAGUUUGCUGAUGUUGGUGUAUAGAGGAUCGAAACGGAAAGAGGUCACAGCCAAGUCCUUGCAUGUUGUUCCUGAGUUUGGCAAGGGAAAAGGUGUUUUCUCAGAAUAUGAGCUAAAACAAUUCAUUCAAGUAUUAAUUACAGAGGAUGUUAUUAUUGAAGAACUAAGAGGACAAAAGGAAAGUGGUUUACACCCAUAUCUACGCUGUGGAGACAAAGAAGAAUUCAUCAGGCAAGGUGAACUAACAAUUCUAAGAUACAAGAUGAAAUGA